CACCAAACCGUCUCCGAACUCCGCGCCCGUAUCUUUAUCAAAAAUCCAUCCAUCUGGCUGCAUCCGCUUGCUCCCCCGCCGACUCCCACCCAGCAACGCCACCAGUCCUCCACCACCACCACCUCCCCGUCGCCUUGCGUCCCCGACGACCUCCCUUCAUUGUCGCACUCCGAACUAGAACUCGACUGCGACAUAUUUCCUCCUCUCCGAGAGACUACCCCAUCACCGUUUAAUUCGCGAUCCCCAUAAACCACCCGCCAAAAUGGAUCACACUCGCGACCCUUGCCCGUGGGUUAUCCUCAACGAUUUCGGUGGUGCCUUCGCCAUGGGUGCUAUCGGUGGUACGAUCUGGCACGGUAUCAAGGGCUUCCGUAACAGCCCUUACGGCGAGAGGAGAAUCGGCGCCAUCACUGCCAUCAAGAUGCGCGCCCCUGCGCUCGGCGGUAACUUCGGUGUCUGGGGUGGUCUUUUCAGCACAUUCGACUGCGCUAUCAAGGGACUAAGGAACCACAAGGAGGACCCGUGGAACUCCAUCCUCGCCGGUUUCUUCACGGGUGGCGCGUUGGCGGUUCGUGGUGGCUACAAGGCGGCCCGUAACGGUGCUAUCGGCUGCGCUGUCCUCCUGGCUGUUAUUGAGGGUGUCGGUAUUGGUUUCCAGAAGAUGCUUGCGGGCGCCACAAAGCUAGAGGCUCCUGCGCCACCUCCGUCCAACGAAAAAGUUCUUGCCUAAAUACAAUACAGCGGUCAUUUAAAAACCUCGAUUUAGGAUGCGCAAAGAUUGUCGACUAUAUCAUCUCUCUCAACUCCUUUCUCCCACCUGGCCCGUAUCGGUUGGGCUAGGCUGUGUAUUUGUCUACGCAUUUCAUGACGGUUCAGCAUUUUAGGUGGCGGCGUUCCAUGUAACAUAGAAAUGGGUUUGUUGGUCACGCUUGCCAUAUAAGGGGGUCGGCGUGGAUGCUUUGCCUCAGCGCGGAAGAACAGCCAUCCGAAUAAUAUUUCUCUUUUUUUUGGAAGACAUCAUACGCUUUGCGAAUGUGUUACCGGCUAACGUGCUUCAAGACAGAAGGGAACCAUGUAACUAAACUACUAGAUCUUUUCGCCACUCCAAAACCGCGGAUCUUCGGGUCUACCUUCGCCGACAUAUGAACUGGAGAUAUCCUGAUCCUUUCGAAAGAUGCGAGCAUACGCGACACCUUCCUCGUCUAUCCAAGCCCGAAACAUGCCACCGCAGUUAUAGUCCUGAAGGAUAUCGGACCGAGUCUCAACGACAUUACCACUUGCGUCCCGCACGACCACCAACUCCAGUCCGAUGAUGCCACCUUCGCCUUCGCCAGCCUUGCCCCAUCGAUCAUCGGCGCUCUUCUGAAGCUCUCCGGACGGCCCAGCAACCUUGGUCAGGGCCACGACGGAAGGAAGGCUAGAAUAUCUGGCAAUGGCGCCCACAGUUCUCGCGGCAGAAACGCGGAAGAAUGAAUCACCAUUGCCUGUCCCAGAAACACCGAUCGACCGGGUGGUGGUCAACCCGCCAGACGAGUCUUGAAGAGUGGGGGUAUACAGGAAAGGCGAAGGCAGACAAUCGGCGAUGAGUCUCUUGAGCGCAUCCGACAAAACCACCGCUGGUCCCGGGCUAUACAACGGAUUCCGCGAUCCGUUCUUAUGAGGAGAAGUAGGAUCACCUUCCUCCGUCCACUCCUCAGCCCAGAACCCAGCCCCGACAACAGGCGUAUCACCAAUUCUGCCCGUCAACUUAUUCGUCAUGCCGCCUGUGCUCGUCGCCACGCAAAUCACGCCCUCGACAUCCAGCGCCACCGCACCGACCGUUCCCUGCGGCAGAUACUCGUCCUUACUCCAGGUCGCUGAAACGCCACUAGCAGUGCCAGCGCCAAGCAGAUCCUGCUGCUCCCUCUUCUCCCUUUCCAACGCCCGAACGUGCUCGUCCCACCGCUUCUGCGUAAAGAAGUAACUAGGAUCCACCAUCUCCAAGCCAUACUGCCUCGCCAACUUUUCCGCCGUUGGGCCGUGGAUCAGCGUAUGGCCUUGUGCCGAGGGGACAUCAGGCUCCCCAUCUCCAGUGUUAUUAUCAAGCUUCUUUCCACGACCCAAAAGAUCGUCCUUCCCGUGCUCCAAAACCUUCUUUGCCAGAAGAAUCGGAUUCCGAACGUGGCGCAACCCGGUCACUCCCACACCCCGCUUGGCCUGACCCCGACUGACCAUGACGGAAGCCUCGAGCUCAUUGAUGCCAUCGCGGGUAAAGACGGCGCCGUGGCCGCUGUUGAAGAGGG